AUGUCUUGUCGCAUGCCGGAGUGUCAUUAUAUCUCCCCGAAUGGCUCAGUGACGAAGCUCGACCACGACAAAGACACUAGACCCGGCGCCACAUUUUAUUACUGCUCCAUCCACCAUGUCUAUCACCGUAUCGUAGUGAGGGCCCAUCGGCGUCUCCCUCAGCCACUCUGCGGAGAGUGCGCCUGGCUCUUCUUUAAGUUCCCUAAAGAAGCCGCCAAGCAUCCCGAGUCUGACAUCAUCGCCACCGCCGGUCCUAGUGACAUACCAGCUAUCGCAGUUGGUUCUUCUUUCAGCCGUGAAGAUCCCUAUGACAGCCUGCUUAGUGUCCAUAGCAGCACUGCGAUCGAUACUAGCGCUGUUACAAUGCCUUUAGAUAGAAUUAAGCGUCCGCUAUUAACUAUACAGGAGAUGCUCGGCAGUCUCAAAGAAAGUUACCCCGAUGUAGUCGGUAGUAGCCGAAGAGCUCCAAGUCGUGUCAGAGAGGAUUCUGGAGCCGGCGAGUAUGAUACUUACGUGGUAGACACAGACGGCGAUAUUAUCAUGCAGGACAAUACAUCAUCGUCAAAACAGCGCAACAUCCCUCCCGCGAUACCGGCUGGCGGAAUUGUCUACUUGCCUAUCCGCCGAAGCCGCAAUGGAAGCCGAACUGACUUCCUGGAGUUUAUUCCAUAUGACAACCCGGCUGUCCUUGAUGUGCGGCCGGCACAGUGGCAUCGUAUCCGUCGAGGAGUCUUCCUGUUCCGAUACACGGACUACAGAGGAUGGCCCGCUAUACAACCGGUGGCGGAUGAGCGCUGCAUCAAAGCGUACUUUAAGCCUCUUGACGUCAUUGAGGGAGACGGAAAUUGCGAUAGGGCAUUGAUCGAGGCGCGCUGGUGGUGUUGUUGGGCUCAGGGCAUAACAUAUCUAGAGCCAGAGCUACGAUGGGUCCUGACACUUAUUUUUGACCUAAUCGGAUUUUUCAUCGAGAAGCAGAGGAACGCUACGAGAUACUCGAUAAUUCAUGGAGUCACGGACUUAGCUCUUGAGAGGCUGUUCUGGGAAGGUCGAUCAUACCUCCACAGCCUAAUAGCUAUCGUGAAUGAUAUGAAGGAGGGGUUUGGCAUCGAGAACUUGGUGACUCCCCAGUUGCCCCAGAUUAUUGGGACUUGA